AUGGCUCCAUUGGUGUUGAAAUUCGAUUUCGAAGCAUUUCUAUGCGUCUUAGCAACUCCAGGGACAAAAUUUUACAUCAUCUGGAUGGAAAUAUUCGUGCUGGUUCCUUCCUUGGUAUUAUGGGGCCGUCGGGAUCUGGAAAAUGUACGUUAUAGCUACCUUGAAGAAUGGACGGGUCUGACCUGCAUCUAUGAACCAGCUACGUUGGCAAAGAUUAUCACUGGGAGAGUCAAGCCAUCUACGGGCUCCAUUUACGUCAACGAUAAUAUAGCACAGCCGGCUGACUUAAAAACCCUCAUAGGGUACGUCCCGCAGGACGACGUUGUCCUUCCUGAUUUGACGGUCCGGGAGAACAUUAUCCACUCAGCUCGUGUACGACUUGGGAAUGCCUUGGAUAACAAUGAGAUUCAACAAUUUGUCGAUUCUCUGGUCGAUUCCAUAGGACUUUGCAAGGUCCGUGACCGCCUGGUGGGUGUUUCCAAUCGAGGCAUAUCUGGUGGUGAGCGGAAACGUGUCAACAUUGCCGUCGAACUGGCAGCAGCACCCAAAUUUUUGCUACUCGAUGAGCCAACCUCAGGACUUGAUUCACGGACCGCACUCUCUUUGAUCGAACUUUUAAAGUCUUUGUCCCAGCAGGGCGUUACAAUAUGCUGUGUUGUUCAUCAACCGAGAAGAGAAAUAUUUUUGGCUCUUGAUGACUUGCUUCUUUUAAACAGUGGAAGACAGGUCUACUUUGGACAAGCAAGAGAUUCCAUUCAGCACUUAGAAGGGCUUGGCCACAAUUUUCCUGAUGCAUGCAAUCCUGCUGAUAUUAUCCUAGAUGUUAUAGAUGGCAUUGAUGGUGGUCCUGUCCAAGCAGAUUGCCCUAUAUUAUUUGGAGAUGAUCAAGCGAGCGAGCAAUCCAAGACGCUACUUCACUGUGUCAAGAAGCAAAGAGCGCCCUGGUACUAUCAGGUUUACCUUGCAUUCAUGCGAGGGACCAGACAACAGAGCAGACAGGUUGCUAGCUUUGCUCUUGAAAUAGUAUCAGGUGCAAUUACUGGUCUUCUGAUUGGGCUAGCGAACUUUGAGUUUAAAGGACACUUGUUUCAGGGGCUUUACAAGCAGCCGUUUGAAGCACUUUCAAGUCCCGUGUCUUAUCGGCUCUUAACAGAGCAGGGCAUGCUAAAUUGUCUGGCUAUUGGUAUGGCCUGA